AUGAAUUUUUCAACUGCCUUCAGCAAUGGAAACAAUACUUUUGAUGAGGGAUUUUAUCUAACUGCCUUCCGUACUUUGGCCAACAAAAACAACCUCAUUUUUGGCUUGUCAAUUAUCUACAUAAUCAGUUUACUGGGUAAUUUUGUCCUGCUUGCUGUUGUACUCAUGAAUUCCAGCCUACAGAACCCCAAGUACCUUGCUGUAUGUAAUCUAGCCAUUGUUGAUAUUUCAUUUAACAGUGUUAUCAUUCCUCAAAUGGUGCCCAUCUUUGUGUUCAACCAGAACCAUCUCUCAUUUGAAGCCUGCUUUUCCCAAAUGUUUUUCAUGCAUUUUUUUGGUGACAUGGAAUCUUUUUCCCUUGCUCUUCUGGCCUAUGACCGCCUGAUCGCGAUCUGCUGGCCCCUGCGUUACACAACUCUAAACACCAAUCUGAAGAUGGGGCUCAUAAUAGCUGGGAUUUGGUCUCUGGUUUUUCUGCUGGAUAUUUUCCCAGUCUAUCUUGCUGCCAGGCUCCAAUACUGUGGCUCUAGAGAGGUGCAAAGCUGCUGCUGUGAGCAUGGAGCAGUAUACAGAUUGGCUUGUGCAGAUACUUCUUACAACAGGAAACUGGCUACUGCUAAGACAAUGGUUACUUUGCUGGGCCCAUUGACUUUUAUUAUUUUAACUUAUGUUAUUGUGGUGGUUACUGUGCUGCGGAUAGCAUCCACAACAAAGCGCUGGAAGGCCUUUCAGACUUGUCUCACUCACUUGCUGUUGGUCCUGCUCUAUUACAUCCCAGUCAUCCUCACGUAUGUACUAGGGAACCUGCGAUUAGUUCAGUAUUUGGAACUGUUCACCGCAGUACUGACUGUAUCUGUCACACUCCCCCCAAUGCUUAACCCCAUCAUCUACAGCUUAAAGACCGAUGAGCUGCGUGAAAAGGUAGUUAAGUUUCUGGGUAAGCCAAAAGUGGCACAGCAGAUAAUUAACUAUUAG